AUGCCUUCUAAGCCACUGAGCAAGAUCACGCGUGUGCGCCUGCCAGGCAAGCGCCCUUCCGAGUUGUGGGACGUCGAGAUUCAGCAAGGUAGAAUAGCCUCGGUGGAACCACACGACAAGGCUACAUCUGGAUUCGACGAAGAAGAAGUUCUAGAAGGGUUCAACAGACUGAUCGCACCCUCGCUCUGUCAUGCUCACAUCCAUCUGGACAAGUGCUUCCUGCUACAAGACCCCAAGUACGAUGAUUUGCAGAUCGAGAGCGGCGACUUCAAGGAAGCCAUGGAGCUUACGAGUACUGCAAAAGCCAGAUUCGAAGAGGAAGACCUCCUGAGACGGGGCAGCCAGUUGAUCGAGGAAAGCAUACAGCACGGUGUCACCGCCAUGCGAGCCUUUGUAGAGGUAGACGGCGUUGUGCAACUCAAGUGCUUGCACGCAGGACUGAGUCUGCGAGAAAAGUUCAAAGAGCAAUGCAACAUCCAGAUCUGCGCCUUUGCCCAGCUGCCGCUUUUUUCUGGGGAGGAUGAUGGUGCAGAAGUCAGGAAGCUCAUGGAGGAUGCAGCGUCGAAGGAGGGUGUCGAAGUGCUGGGUUCAACGCCAUACGUCGAAGACGAUGAGAGCAAGUCGAAAGGCAAUGCCCGUUGGGUGUCGGCGUUGGCGUUGAAGAGCAAAAAGCACCUCGACUUACACCUGGACUAUUUCCUCGAGGAAGAUAAGCAACCCCUCGUCUGGGACGUCCUGAAGAUGCUCAAAGAGCAAGACUGGGCAAAGGCAGGCGGUAAACAGGUCACCCUCGGCCAUUGCACACGUCUGACACGACUUCACGAAAAAGAAUGGCAUCGUCUGCGGCGAGAGAUUGGGGAAUUAAGCGUGUCAUUCAUCGGGCUACCUACGUCCGACUUGCUCAUGAUGAGAACGCCAGAAAAUGUGCGUGGGACGCUGCCGAUCAUAGAACUGAUUAAACAAUACGGCUUCAACGCUGCAGUUUCGGCAAACAACGUAGGCAACGCCUUCACACCGCAGGGAAACUGUGAUCCACUAAGCAUCGCGCAACUUGGUGUGGGUCUCUAUCAGGCACCCACCAAGGAAGAUGUCCAGCUGCUUUAUGAAACCGUCUCGUCUCGUGCGAAGGCUGCUAUUGGCCACGAGUCUGCGACACUGGAUCUCAAACCUGGCGAGCCUGCAGAUUUCGUGCUAUUUGACAGCAUGGACAGCGGGUGGCGCUGCAGGAAGAGCAUUGCCGAAGUAGUGUACGACGCUGGCACUGUUCGACAAACAGUGUACCAAGGUCGGUCGACCACAUAA